UUCUUGUUUCGCCUUUCUCUCUCCCCGCCAUUUUUCUUCAGCAAGCACUCUGAGCAUUCUUUUUCCGGAAAUAUAAAUAGAGGGUUCAGAGUCCUCUCUCUCUCCCCUCUACCGGGAAGCCACAGUCCUACCAGUAUUCCAACUACUGUGCACAACUCCGGAUUUCUCCCUUCGAUGUGGAAAAACUUGUGUUUUUUUCUUCUAUUUCAGUAAUUUCUUUUUUUCUAUUUGAUGCGAAAGAAAUUGAAUGAGGGCAAAGCGCCCAUUUGUCUUGUUAUAAGUUUGUUUCUUCCUUGUGCGGGAUUCUGAACUUCAAAUUGGGAGAAAUAGACACCCGAAAGAUAACCCUCUAUGUCCCCUGUUUUCGCUUUUUUUCUUCUGUGUGGUGGUUGAAGUGGUUUCUGCAAAUUUUUUUUAAUGCAAUGUUGCAUCAAUUUGCUGAACUUCAUAUCAUAUUAUGGACUACCUUUGCAUUUAUUCAGCUCCUGAUUGAUACUGCAAUUGAAGUUGGACGGCUGUGAUUUUCAAACCAUACAAGAUGGUAUGGUUGUGCUUUCCAUCUAUGGAAUCAAUAGAAAAAAUAAAUCAUGGUACUUGGGGAUUUUUUGCCAUAGUUCGCAGUCCAUCUUGUCCACAAUUGCUUACUUUUUAGUCUCAUAAUUGAAUCAACUAAGUUCCAUAAAGUGCUAUUUUUUAAGCAACCCUAAUUUUUUAACAUCGUUGGCUCUCAUGUAACUUUAUAAACUAGUUAGGAUGCGUAAAUUCCCAGUGUGCUGCAACCUGCUAGUUGUGGAACUCCUUUGUGUAAGCCAAGCGCUUUCAUUUUUUCUUUUCUGCAAUGAAAUGUGCGUAUUUGAAGGCUUCAAUGGAUUGUAAUUUUUUCAGUAGUACCAUUUCAUUUUCAUUGAUGUUGGUUCUUGCAAAGCAUACGCGGUUAUAAUGUUAAGAUGGACUAGUUUAUUGUUAUGAUGCUCUCAUCGUUUUUCAUUUUCAUUGAUGUUGGUUAUUACAAAAUGAAAAGAGUGCAUGCCAAUGUUUGAUGAACACGAACGGUCAAAAUCUUUCCUGGAAAAAUUCUUUAGGUCCAAAGGUCCAACAAACAGGGAAAAGAUCUUCUAUAAUUUUUCUUCCAGUCCAUCAAACAAGGAAAUGUGCAUAUUUGAAGGCUUCAAUGGAUUGUAACUUUUUCAGCAGCAAAUGCUCAUUUUCAUUGAUGUUGGUUCUUACUAUGCAUAUGUGGUUAUAAUGUUAAGAUGGACUAGUAUAUUGUUAUAAUGCUUUCAUCUGCAAAAUGAAAAGAGUGCAUGCCAAUGUUUGAUGACCACCAGCGGUCAAAUUUUUUCCUGGAAAAUCCUUUAGGUCCAAAGGUCCAACAAACAGGGAAAAAUAUAUUCUAGAAUUUUUCUUCAAGCCCAUCAAACAUGCCUUGCAUUUGGAAGACGUCUAAUUUUUUUUCAUGUUGUACCUUCUUCUAGGAUUUUUUGCUAGAAUUCUUUCCAGGAAAAUUACUUCAUGGCCAUCAAAUGCUACCUGAACCAGACGAUUCAUAUUCAUCCAAUUUGUCUGUACUUCACAGUGGGGAGGAAAAGUUAGCUCAGAAAGUGGAAAUGUUGUCGAAUUGACCAUUCAAUUUUUGAACAAGGACCAUGAUGGCAGCGAGCAGCAUAAAUGGAGAUGAUGGCUGGUUGAUUCAGCAAACAUCUGAAUCACCCACUGGAAUUCAAGCAUCCUCUUCAAUUCCUUCCUAUAUUGAUGUCGAGGUUUCUUCUUGCACCACCAGAAGCCAAGCUAAUGGCCGGUCCUCACUUGAAAGUGUAUCUUUUGAGGGUUUUAAAAAGAGGCCCCUAAGGUCACCCUAUCCUUCUAUCUCUGGAAUGGAGGACGAUGGUGUCAAUCGUAUCAAGCGGGUUUCAAAGAGUGGAGGUCUUUCUCUGCGGCGGCAUCGGAUUCGGGGUAGUGCCCGGCGGAGCUCCUCGACUCUUUUGGAGGUCUCAGGAUGCCGGAGGGGUUCAGCUGAAGUGAAAGCAGCAUUUGAGCCGAGUUUCAGGGAAGAUAGUAGUGCGGUUGAGGCGCUUGGUCUUCCUUUAGGGAUGUCAAUGGCUGUGGUUUUCUCUAAGGUUCUUGAUGGUGCAAAUGCCACUGGACAAAGGAUAUCUGCUGAUCAUCUAUCAAGACUGUGCAGCAGUGCAAUAAAAGAAUCAAUAUUUUAUGUUUUUGGGAACCAUUUCAAUGCAUUCAUUGGCAACUUUGAGAGAUCUUUUGGAAGUACUCUACAGACCCUUCGCUCGGUCAACCAUACAUCUCUUGAUCAGCAAAAAAUGGCUUGUACCUCAUCAUCUAUGGAAGAUUGUGUACUUGAUGCUUUACCUCCCAUAGUUGCUGAUAAUUCCUGCUGUCUUGCUGAUGAAACCUUAAGAAAUACCUCCAGGUGCAACAACCAGCCUGGUAAUCCCUCUGAAGAGGUUCAAGAACAUUCUUGUACGAUUGCUCAUGGGUAUUCUUCUCUCCCUCGAUUGGUCCAGAAGAAUUCUGCUUCCACUGCACAAGCGUCUUCCACUGUUUCUGAAGAAAGCCAGGAAGAUGGCCAGGUUGUCAUUCAUGGGCAAGUCAAUCAGCAAGUUGCUUGUAUUCCACCUGAUAUGACUGACCUUAGAUUUAGGCAAUCCUUUUUGGGUACCUUUGAGAGAUCCGUUAGGGAACAAGUACGCUCCAAUGAUCUCAAAACAUAUGAGAUAGGUCUAACCAUGAAACAGUUGCAGCUGAAAGAAUCAAAAUUGAUUGUUGAUUCUGAUGCAAAUUUCCUAGAAAGGCUCAAGUUAUCUUUUGGUUUCUCAAAGGCUUCAUUCAAAAAGGAGAAGUUGGAGAACGAGAUGAAAAAUGCAGCAUAUUCAGAACUUAUGAAGAACUGUGCUGAUUGUCUAUUGGGUGGUUUGCUCAUCAUGUCAGCCUUUAUUUGCUAUGCAGCAUAUGUUCAUUCAUACGAUAUAUUUAUUGAAGCAUCUGCAUCAUGUACACAAAGUUCCAAGGGGUGGAGAAACUGGUGGAUUCCCAAGCCAAUUUCCUCUCUGGGUUCCCCACUGUUCCAAUUAAUAUGUUAUGCGGGGGUUCUUGGCCGAAUGCUCUUUAGCUUAUGUUUUUUUGCACUAGUAGCAUAUCUUUUACUACGACAAUCCUGUUCUUCUGGGCAAGCAUGGAGAAUAACGUUUAUUAUCAUUAUGCUAGGAGUUUUCGGCAGUAUUUCUGGAAAGUUGUGUGUUGAUGGCCUAGGUGGAAGUGGAAAUUGUUGGUUGUGUUAUUGGUGCAUUCUCUGCUUGUUGCAUGCCGUUGCCAAUUUCUUUACUCCAGCACUACAUUAUGCUCUAAAUGGUCCUGUCGCUAUUUCUCAAAGUGCUGAGAAGGUCUGGUUUCCAUAUUGGCUACGCCGAUCUAUAUUCUACAGCUGCAUAUUUAUGAUUCUUCCGAUGUUAUGUGGCCUGAUGCCUUUUGCAUCCAUCUCCGACUGGGGGCAACAUUUCUUGACAGAUGGAAUCUCUCGUUAAUUGUUACUAUUAUUCAAAUAUGUUGUAAGCUAUAUCUGUAAGCUAUUAAGAAGUUUGGACAUGUUAUGCACUGAAGAUGAGAUUGGAAAUAUAGUUAAGAGGUUCUAUUCAAA